AUGUUCGAAAAUGUAAUGACACUUGUAUAUUAUCAUCAACAUAACAAGACAUCUACGUCAAAGGAAUGUUGUUUUGUAUUAAUCGUUAUUGUAUUGUCUGUUUCAGUCGCUACGAUCCCCGAACCUGAGUUCGUCGAUCCAAUCGGAAAUAUUACAGUGUCAGCAGGACGUAAUGUUAAGUUAGCCUGCAGUGUCAAGGAUUUGGGACAGUUUAAGGUGGCCUGGAUGCUUUUCGACAAGGGCGCUAUCCUGACGGUACAACAUCACGUUAUUACCAGGAACCCGAGGAUAUCGGUGUCGCACGAUAAGCACAGGACCUGGUUCCUACAUAUCAAAGAGGUGCAAGAGGAAGACAAGGGGAAGUACAUGUGCCAGAUUAACACCGCGACCGCGAAAACCCAGUAUGGCUAUCUGCACGUCCUAGUGCCUCCGAAUAUAGAGGACUACCAGACCUCGUCGGAUGCUGUUGUGCGGGAAAAUUCGAAUGUCACUUUAACAUGCAAAGCGACCGGAAGUCCGAAGCCAAACAUAAGCUGGAAGAGGGACGAUGGUUUAAAGAUCAACAUUAACAAGACAGUGUCAGUGAUGGAAUGGAAAGGCGAGACGCUGGAAAUUGCACGUAUUUCAAGAGUAGAUAUGGGUGCAUAUUUGUGCAUCGCAUCAAAUGGCGUGCCACCGACCGUCAGCAAGCAGAUCAAAGUCUCCGUUGACUUCCCCCCGAUGCUGUCGAUCCCGCACCAAUUGAUCGGCGCGCCCCUCGGCUACCCGGUCACGUUGGAAUGCCACACCGAGGCUCAUCCAAUUUCUUUGAAUUACUGGACCAGGGAUGACGGCUUGAUGAUACGCGAGUCCAACAAAUACAAUGUCACCGCGACGCCCGAGAUACCUUUCUACAAGACCCACAUGGUUCUAGUCAUAAACGAUAUGCAGGAGGAGGAUUACUGUAGCUACAAGUGCACCGCGAAAAAUUCACGUGGAGAAACCGACGGCACCAUUCGCGUGUACAAGUCCCCGCCGCCAAGCACCAGCCCCAGUCCGUCCACCACGGAGUUGCCGAAGAAAGAUUGGGAGCUGAUGGCCGAAAUAAAUAAUUCCGUUUACGGAAAUCCGAGCUCACUGACGAUUCACAAUGAAAAAAGCGUGAAAACUGGUAAUAAAUUCCAGUCGAACCUCAGCGAGAUCGGCAAGUCGGAGCAAAAAUCGAGCGACCCAGAUAGGAAAAGGAAUUACAAUUGGCCCCCAGACAGCGAUUCAUCCGCAGCCAUCACGGCAUCAGGAGUGCUGUUAAUGAUCGCACUGAUCGUGGUGUCGAUCGUACGAUAAACGGAGCCGAGAACGGACGGCAUCGACGUCCGUACACCUGUAAUUCACGGACUCGAUUCAAACCGAACGGAGAUACUAAAAUGACGUUUAGAACUCGAAUAACCGGGGCACCGCAACCACACGCUCACAACAGGAGAAAGUACACAUGCCCCCCCCCU